AUGCAGGGCGUACCUCAGGAAGCAAGCCAGCACGGAAUGUCAAACAAGAUGGCGGUUGCCACAUGUCAGCUUGGCGCUGACUCCAUCUCCCAGCUUGAAAAGCUCUUCGCAGAUAUCUGGAGCAAGAUCAGCAGGCAGCUACAACGCCAGGAUUCACAGCGGCUACAAGCCCAAUCACAUUGGAACCACCUGCUGCACCUGAGGUGGAGGAAAGCGGCCCCAGAUAUAAGGUGCCCACUACCAAGACGGAGAUGCCCGGGCCACUGGAAAAUCAGGAAAACCAGACACAACUUACCAACGGGUCCAUCUCAAAGCCAUCAUCGCCCAGGUCCACCCGUAGAGGCUAAAUGGACCGGUGGGGCCAUUGAUGCCACAGUUAGUUCUAUCUCCAUGCUCCAGAUUGAUGUUCCAGUGGCCUCCACCUGGGACCUUGUGCCUGAUGACCACCUUGCCGAAGCAAGCAUAUGA